AUGGUCCACGCAACAGGAGAAGAGCGCGCCGUGAACCUAGCCCAAGAGGCUGUUGAGUUGGUCGACGCGGGCCACCGCGAGGCAGCCUCUCGAAACCUCCGAGAAGCACUUUCGCUGGCCCCCGAGAAUCCUCAAGUCAAAGCGGCCUUUUUGAAAGUUCAGCACGAAGACAAAGAUGGCCACCAACUGCUGGACCUCUGCCGCCGAUACGCCACCCAGAACGACGAGAAUGCAGGCAAAGAAGCAGCUGCCUACCUCCGCACAGAUGGUCUCAAGUCCCCAGAGAAUGUUGGCUUGGAAUCCUUGAGUCUGUUGCUCGCACAGCGACCGCACUCUUUAUCCACGACGCAGGAUGAGAUCAUUUCCGGGCUGGUGCGACAGAAUGCUAGCGUUCGACAAUAUUUCUCUGCCCAGCUCCAGAUCUCCGUGACUGCUUUUUUCGAUGAUAUUUAUGACCGAGGCGAUGGGGCUGCUGUCUGUCUGGACACCGUGGUAUUGGAUCCCAGUGUGUGGCCAUCUGAAGAUGCCCGUACCCACUGCGAGAGCGAAUUGUUCCAAUUAUUCAUCGCCAAGCUGAUGGAGUCAGGUCACGAUCUUGAUGGUCGCUCUUUGAAGGGAAUUACAAGACUACUCGCGGUCGAUGCUGACCAGCUCCAACAUCUGAUUGAUGAUGAAGGAUUUGAGGUGAUUCUUUCCUCUUUGGAUUAUCGUCUGCCUUUGGAAGUGCGGAGCCAGGCGACUCUGGCUGUUGCUAAGUAUCUUGAAGUUGCUAAGGAGGCUGGCGAGAAGCAAUUCUUGACAAUGAUCAUGUCCAUCCUUAGAAAGGGCCGCAUCGAUGAUUUGAUUGUCGCUUUCUCUGCGGCUGCGGCUAUCUUCCCGGUGGCACCUGCCGCAGCGGCCAGUCUCUUCUUGUCGGAAGAGUUCAUGGGAGUUCUUGGUCCAUUGGCAUCCCGAGAUGCUAAGAGCAAGAAGGUCGAGGUUCCUGUUCUCGAGUUGCUCAAUGCAGCAUGCAUUAACCGGCCGUGCCGUGAGGCUGUCUCUAAGAAAUUUGGAGAGUGGCUGUCUCAUGUUUUGACCAACGGGAGCGAUGAAUGCUCCGAGUUGGCAGCGGUGGCUCUGGCGAAGAUUCGGGCCUCCGAGCCCGAUCAUCCCUCGACUGGCAACGGUAAGGUCUUGGAGGAAGACAGCGAGUCUGAGCUCGUUCACCGAUUCAAGGGACUGAUGUCUGCACAAAAGGUCGAGAACAAUGCCCAUGCCGUUGAGGGACUCGCCUAUGCCUCGGUGAAGCCAGCCGUCAAAGAACAACUUGCCAAGGAUCCCACUUUUCUACGAAACCUCAUUGCGACUCUGAAACAAAAUGCCGGAGAUUCUUCCUUUCUUUACGGCGGCUUGAUGGUGAUUUUGAACCUCACAAAGUUCCUCCCCAACCUAUCUGAAGAGCAAAAGAAGAUGUCACAGUUAAAGGACUAUGCGGAUGCGUCCAAGGGAAAGCCUAGCACCGCCCCAGACAGUCGGGAUGAAGAUGAAGCUGUAUUGGCACGCUGUGCCGCCGUCAUCGAUACAGGCAUCAUGACUUUGCUGGUAGAGUGCGGACGAAUCGCGCUACCUUCCACCAAUGAACUCACAGCCAAAAUUCUCUUGGGACUGACAAGACAUACCAAGUCUCGUGGUGCACUCGCUCAGCAAGGGGCAGUCAAGCUUCUACUUGGUCUCGCGGCGCCGAAGCAGAGUAGCUCUGGCCCCGUCACAAACGACACAACACGCAUCGCCUCCCAUGCGCUGGCCCGCAUCCUUAUCUCUGUUGAUCCGGCACACAUUUUCCCAUCCUCUGGGUUCCCUCAGGUUACGUCUGCCGUCCGUCCAUUACUCUCUCUACUAUCCUCAACCGAGAAUACUUCCUUCUCUGUCGACCAGCCUCGUGAUCUCCUCCCUGUCUUCGAGAGCCUGCUAGCUCUGACCAACCUUGCCUCAUACCCACACGAUGACUCCGCCCCUGAACUCACUGUUCGGGAAGGGUGGUCUGCCGUGGAGGACCUCCUCUUGUCUGGCAAUCCUCGAGUCCAACGAGCCGCAUGUGAACUGGUUUGCAACCUGAUGACGUGUGAGUCUGGUGUCAUUAAAUUUGCCGAUGGCUCCAAGGCAGCCGCCCAGCGCCUUCACAUUCUGCUGGCCCUGACCGAUGCCGACGACUUCCCCACGCGACGAGCCGCCGGUGGAGCCCUUGCCAUGCUGACGGAUUUCGAUGCCGCGAUGGCCGCUGUCUUGGACCGACCACGCGGCGUGGACUUGUUACUCGGGCUAUGCCAGGAAGAUGACGAUGCCCUUGUUCACCGGGGCGUAGUCUGCGUACGCAAUCUCACCUGCAUCGCAACAGGUGACAUCGGAACCCGCGCCAGAGCCGCCGUGAAAGCCGCGGGAGGAAUUGACAUUCUCACCGCAUGUCUCAAAAGGACAUCGAACCAAGCCGUGCUACAGGCCGGGGUGGAGGCACUGAAACCCCUGAUCCAAUAG